ACAGUGACAUAAAUAAGUUUGUCAUUGUCUAAUGUCUAUCUUUUUUUGAUUAUUGGAAUUUUAUCGGAACAAAGGGAUCUUUAAACCGGCAUCUAUAUUUUGCUUAAAUUAUGGAAGGAAUUCAGGUCAUAACUCAAGAUUUUAUAAAUGUUCAAAUAACAAAAUCGGACAGCGACGAUGCAGCUCCGGUGGAACGCAGAUUUAAAAAAGGAAUUGCAAUACAUGAAUUUAAGACUAAAUUGGAGCUUCUAACUGGUGGCUCAGCUUCAACAAUGAAACUUAAAGUUUAUGACAGCAAAAAUAAUUUUGUGUGUGACAUAAACAAUGAUGAUGCCUUGCUGGGUUCUUACCCAAUUGAUGAUGGGAUGCGGAUACAUGUCACAGAUAAUUUCACCUUGUUUAAAGAUUUUGCAGAUGCUGAUAGUGCAGAAAGAUUCCGUUUGUCGGAAGAAGAAUAUGAAAAAAAAGGUGAUACUCUGCGUUCAUUUCUCCAACGUAACAAACUUGGCAAAUACAAUGAAGAAGAAACAAACAAAAUGAAAGAGCAACAGCAAAAGGAAGUCGAGGAAGAAGCUAAGUUAGCGGAAGCAGUUCUGGUGGGAGCGCGCUGCGAGGUGCGAGUGCCGGCGCAGGGCACGCGCCGCGCCACCGUGCGCUACAACGGGCCGCUGGACAACGCACGCGGACUGUGGAUCGGCGUGCAGUACGACGAGCCGCGCGGGAAGAACGAUGGCUCGGUCAAUGGCAAGAGGUAUUUCACAUGCCCACCUAAAUAUGGAGGUUUCGUCAAACCAAUGUAUGUCACUGUGGGGGACUUUCCAGUGGAGGAGUUUGACUUGGAAGAUGAGAUAUGAACACUUCGAGCACAAGAAAAGAGAAUAAUGGUCUAAAUUAUUCAUCAGUGGCAUUAUACUAACGUUUUGAGACCAACCUGAGUAUUCAUAUAAUUGCUUUUUGAUCAUAUUUUUAAUUACAUAAAAACAUAUAAUAUUAUAUAUUUCUAAUAUUACACAAUUCACAUUUAGAAUUACAAUGUAAUAAUAAAUGUUAGGUGAAUACAAUUGGUCUACAAUGCCACAGAUGAAAUGCAAUUAUUUUUAUAUUAUACAUACUUAUGUAGGUUGCUUAAACAUAAUCAUAGAUUUAGUAAAUGUAUAAUUAUUGCCUAAUUUAUGCUUUUUUACUGUUCGCUAGUGAGUUCAUUUUUAAGAACUUUACUUUUACAUUGCACAAUCAUGUUUUCAAAAA